AUGCAUGAGAGUGAGCACGAACCAUCCCACAUGUAUAUCUCUCCCACCGCGCACGAGAGUGAGCACGAACCAUCCCACACGUACAUCUCUCCCACGGUGCACGAGAGUGAGCACGAACCAUCCCACACGUACAUCUCUCCCGCCGUGCACGAAGAGAGCAAGAACCAUCCCAUACAUGUCUCUCCCGCCGCACACGAGAGAGAGCAAGAACCAUCCCACACGUACGUCUCUCCCGCCGUGCACGAGAGUGAGCACGAACCAUCCCACACGUACGUCUCUCCUGCUGCGCACGAGAGUGAGCACGAACCAUCCCACACGUACGUCUCUCCCUCUGCGUACGAGAGAGAGCACGAAUCAUUCCACACGUACGUCUCUCCCUCUGCGUACGAGAGAGAGCACGAAUCAUUCCACACGUACGUCUCUCCCUCUGCGUACGAGAGAGAGCACGAAUCAUUCCACACGUACGUCUCUCCCUCUGCGUACGAGAGAGAGCACGAAUCAUUCCACACGUACGUCUCUCCCUCUGCGUACGAGAGAGAGCACGAAUCAUUCCACACGUACGUCUCUCCCUCUGCGUACGAGAGAGAGCACGAAUCAUUCCACACGUACGUCUCUCCCUCUGCGUACGAGAGAGAGCACGAAUCAUUCCACACGUACGUCUCUCCCUCUGCGUACGAGAGAGAGCACGAAUCAUUCCACACGUACGUCUCUCCCGCCGCGCACGAGAGUGAGUACGAACCAUCCCACACGUACAUCUCUCCCGCCACGCACGAGAGGGAGCAAGAACCAGCCCACACGUACGUCUCUCCCUCUGCGUACGAGAGAGAGCACGAAUCAUUCCACACGUACGUCUCUCCCUCUGCGUACGAGAGUGAGCACGAACCAUCCCAUAAGCUGUUGAUGCCGGUGGAGUGUUACCGAUUGCGUGCCGCACACCAUGAAGAGUUCCGAGUGAAACACUCAGAGGUUAGAAAGCGUCAGAUGGAAGGUGGCUCCGUGCGGUCGCCAUUCUGCAUCUGUCUGUGUGUGCAUCUCAGAUAA